GCUGGUGUCUGACAAAUAUAUAACUUCACUUGUARUGUGCUUCUUUCAGAGACGCUGAGGCUAAUAGGGGGACAGCUCUCUAACGAGGGKCGAGUUGAGGUGUUUAAAUAUGGGUUCUGGAACAAAGUAUGCACUUACGGUGCAUGGUGGGUGGACAGCAGAUGGAAUUCCAACACUGCUAAUGUUGUGUGUCGAUCAUUGGGUCUACCAAGCGCUUCUAGUGUAUUGGUUUAUCAUAAUUUUGUAGGGACAUCAUUCCCUAUACACUUCAUUGAUGGUUAUCAAUGCUCUGGUACGGAGACUAGUAUAGAAGAAUGUUCGAGUAUUAAAACACCAUCAGGAUGUCAUCAAAGCAGAUUCAAUUAUCAAGCAGCUGUGGUAUGUGGACAUUUACCAGCUUUCCAUCAAAAAGUCAAUGAGAUGUGUGGUGUUAUUGCAAGCCCUGGAUAUCCAACGUUUAUGAUGCAAGCAUACUCUCAAUGGACAUUCGCACAAAAUGUUACAGGUGGUCGUCUCGCUGUGUAUUUUGAGGAGCUGGAUUUAAGGCGAAUUUCGGGGUCCAGUAGAGUUACAGUCCAAGGUUCAUCAUCAUUAUCGUUCAGCAAAGAGUAUACUAGCGAWUAUCGUGGUAAGCCUGGGAUGGUSAUKGAUUUGCCAYGUCAACUUAGAUUCUAUUCACCGUAUACUUCAAAUCGUGCUGGUGCCAGUAGUGGAUAUCAUCUUGGCCGAGGGAUGCGAGUGCGCUAUAUUGUUUACAGUGAACCUGAAGUGGGAGUACCUGCCUUAUCGACUUGGACACUGUUAUUAUCGAGCAAGCAUUAUAACAAAAUCACAGCUAACUGGACUCAAGUUGUCGUCUCAGGCUACGAUAAUGUCGGAUAUUUGCUGUCCUGCAAUUCUACCCAAGAUUGGGCAAAAGAAGUAUCGUAUGCAGUUGGAGAAGUCAAUUCAACAUCUUUAACCUGUAGUGAACUGUUUGGAUACACUCACUACAAUGUACACGUGUUAGUACAGCUAAGAAUACAAGGGAAAGACAUCUAUACGACGUACCAGAGUCUAAAGGCGUCUAUAACAACUCCACAGUCAGUUCCAAGGUCUGAUCCUCCAGGACUUACAUCCACUGAGAUCACAUCAAAUACUGCAAUUUUUCAAUGGCAACAAAUCCCCAGAAAAGAUGCCCAUGGUGUUAUUCUCGGGUAUAUAGUAGAUCUCUACAGUUAUUACAGUGGCAGAUAUUGGGGAGAAAUAAAAACAAGUAACACCUCUAUAGCCUUCAAGGAUCUUUCCCCUGCUAACAAAUAUCGUAUGGAAGUUAGAGGCUACACUGCAGUUGGAUCAGGACCAAACAACUAUUACUACUUCUAUACAAAAUGUGGAGGUACCAUAGAGAACCAGUUGCAUGGGAAGAUAUACCUUCCACAUCUUUACUCAUCGUAUAUAACCUGCAUCUGGAAAUUGAAGGCGCCAACUCUAAAUACACUGUUCUUACUGAUGUUGGAGUCGAUUGAGAUACCGCUAUCCUUUGGUUGCAAGGACUUUUAUAUGAAAGUUAUCGACGGCGGAGGAAAUUUACAAGCAAAUUUAUGUGGAUCGAAACAUUCAGUGACAAUUGGCUCCAUUGGCACGACUGAAAUAGAAGUUUAUUCAAGAAGACGACGAAAACCUUUUCACAUUUUCUCAUCUUUUUUCAUGCUGCAAAAUGGAAUUGAAAACAUUACAUCUUUCCAAUCAUGGAAAAUUUCAUCUUCUAUCAACAACUCGACAUCAAUUAACGUCAACUGGGAAAAAUACCCAGGAGUGGGAAGCGUUAGCAGUUACAUUGUGAUUUGCACUGCUAAUAACCGUCAUAGGAACAUUUCUGCAUCAUCAACCAAUGGACGGAAUCUUAGUUUGGUGGUAAACAACUUGUUGAAAUACACAGAGUACAAAGUAGUGGUACUUGCAAUGCUUGGAAAUUCAUCUUUUAAUCUCACAAACUUGGAUGAGAAGAUAUUCAAGAGUCAAGAAGUUGUGGUAAAAACUGCUGAAGAUGUGCCGAGCAAGCCACCACAGAAUGUAACUGCCAGAUACUUAGGAUCAAACAGUGUUGUUGUCAGUUGGAAGCCUGUUGACAAGGAGUUCACUAAUGGAGUAAUUGUUGGGUACUAUGUGUAUUAUCAAGUGGCAUGGACGAAUGUAAGCUACUGGGAGAAGGAAUACAUCAGUUCUGAUAAAACAAAGGCUUACCUCAAAAAUCUGAAGGAUGUGACACUGUACAGAAUUGAAGUGUCGGCUGCCACGAAAAUCGGCGAAGGUCCCAGAAGCAGAGGGUUGUUCAUCAAAACAGGAUGUCAGCAAGAUCUAACUGGUGUUCGGGGGAUAUUUACCUCGCCAAAUUAUCCAAGAAACUACCCUUCAAAUGUAAACUGUACCUGGAUAAUUUCUCCUCCGAGUUCAUCUGGUGAAUUGGUGGUUAUAUUUGAGCAGUUUGAUAUCGAAGAUGGCUACAAAGGGGUUUGUAGCAAUGACUUCGUGAAAGUAUUCAAAWUGUUUGGCACAAUAAUCSCGAGUGCUGUUUGUGGUCAAAGAAGUCCCUUCUCAGUUAMWWRAGGAACAAAAACGACAAUCAUCUUUCUUCGAUCAGACGGAGGUAUUGAGAAAAGCGGAUUUCAGGCAGUCUACUUCAUACUAAGCGAUAUUAAGGAUGAAGUUAUCGAUUUAAAACUCGGUACCAAAAAUGCGACAGCAGCCUCUUUGUCGUGGUCGACACAUUUGUCCAGUUCAAUCGACUGGUUUUAUGUUUUAUACAAAAGAGAUGAAGUAAACGAAAACUGGAAAGUCYUUAAAACAGCAGCGUUAGCUGCAACCAUCGAUGGUCUACUUCCUUCUACACCAUAUAUUGCCAAAGUCAUUGGAAAUAGCAGUGAAAAAGCUUAUUGGAGUAAUCCAGWGAAGUUUACAACAUCGRAUUGUAAGUUUUGUAUGAGAAAUACAUUCCAAGUUGUUCUGAUAACAGACGGUGUGUUUUCAUUCGCAAUGUAUAACUAUCCCACAAACGGAAUUGAAUGGUCAGCGCCAACGUCAAGGUCUGGAACGGUAAACAUUGGAGACAUUGACGAUACAGAUGGUACAAGUGUGUACUUCAGUCAGGGUGGCAGGAGGAAUUCAAAACAAAAUGAUAUUAAAGGAAAAUGGUUCUUUGAAUUAUAUCAUUAUUCGAAAGUAUCUUAUGGCGAAAGAAAAUGCAAAAACUGGUUUAAAACUCAGCCAGAUCCAAGACCGUUCCUGGAAUAUCUGGAACCAUGUCCCUGCACGUCUCGUCAAGCUUGGUUCGAUGAACGGUUCACUCCACUUCUUGGAAUGCAGGGGUGGUUGGGGUGGUGGCGUUGGAGGUCCAAUCCAAGGCCGUGUGCRCUUUCAACAUUUCCUUCCAUUGACGGUUGGGAACAGAAGUGCUGUUAUUCCCAUGAAUCUGGGCAGUGGGGAGCAUUGCUUGUAGGUCAUCCUAACGGAGGCUACUCGCACAGAUACAGUAAAACCAAGCAAUCGGGAAGUCAUAUAAACAGUGAUGUCAUGGGCUACAAAUAUUGCUGUGUGGAUUCUAAUCUUUGCCAUCUUUUCUAUCAAAGAAGACCUUCAGAUGACUCAUACUGGUCGCUGGCUGACAGACAACAUUCCCAAGUUUUCUACCAUGUGUAUUCAACGCUAGACAAAAGUGAAAAGUCGAAAAAGGUCCUCGAUCAAGCAACCUCUGACGUCCAUUUGCUCAAACAACACUCAUUACCAUCCACUUUCAAAGCUUCAUGGGUUCUAGUUGUAACAUGGGAUAAACUUCGUCACUAUACAAUCAAUGAUCAUACAAAAAAUUUGAGAAAUACAUUCCAAGCUGUUCUGAUAACAGACGGUGUGUUUUCAUUCGCAAUGUAUAACUAUCCCACAAACGGAAUUGAAUGGUCAGCACCAACGUCAAGGCAAAAUUGGAACCUUUUUACAAAUGACCGGGGACUUCCAGUGGUUGGUUGGAAUUUCGCACAAUACAGUCUAGCUGGAAACUAUUUCAAUGCAGAAAGGUCUGGAACGGUAAACAUUGGAGACAUUGACGAUACAGAUGGUACAAGUGUGUACUUCAGUCAGGGUGGCAGGAGGAAUUCAAAACAAAAUYAUAUUAAAGGAAAAUGGUUCUUUGAAUUAUAUCAUUAUUCGAAAGUAUCUAAUGGCGAAAGAAAUUGUAAAAACUGGUUUAAAACUCAGCCAGAUCCAAGACCGUUCCUGGAAUAUCUGGAACCAUGUCCCUGCACGUCUCGUCAAGCUUGGUUCGAUGAACGGUUCACUCCACUUCUUGGAAUGCAGGGGUGGUUGGGGUGGUGGCGUUGGAGGUCCAAUCCAAGGCCGUGUGCRCUUUCAACKUUUCCUUCCAUUGACGGUUGGGAACAGAAGUGCUGUUAUUCCCAUGAAUCUGGGCAGUGGGGAGCAUUGCUUGUAGGUCAUCCUAACGGAGGCUACUCGCACAGAUACAGUAAAACCAAGCAAUCGGGAAGUCAUAUAAACAGUGAUGUCAUGGGCUACAAAUAUUGCUGUGUGGAUUCUAAUCUUUGCCAUCUUUUCUAUCAAAGAAGACCUUCAGAUGACUGUAGUCGAUAUGAGCCUCCAGAAUGGAGUUGGAUGUGGGGCGAUCCACACUUCGUUACGUUGGACGGCAAAAACUACACUUUUAAUGGCCUUGGUGAAUACGUUAUGAUCGAUGCUAAAAACGGUUUCUUCCAGCUCCAAUCAAGGACACGACUAGCGAAAGGAGAAGGAACAGCGACAAUAUUUUGUGCAACUGUGAUGAAGGAGUACAAUUGCAGCACUGUGCAGCUCAAUCUUGAAGAGAAUGGCUCAAUGUCUGUGCUGAUUGAUGGUGAACCACUAGAUCUUGAAAGCCUUCAGAAUGGUUCCACCACACUAAAUGGAUCUGUAGUGGUUGCUCGCCCUCAGGAAAACUCAUUUAAAGCCACAUAUCCAUCUGGAAUAGCGGUUACACUUACAGAAUCUAAAGGGGCACUGUCUAUCGUAGUUGCUCUCCCAAAAUCGURUAGAAAUCAGACGAAAGGUCUUUUGGGAAUAUGGAAUGGCAACAAGAGUGAUGACUUAACUACACCAGAAGGACAUGUUCUUCCUUCCAAUGCAACUGGCAGAGAGGUUCACUUUGAUUUUGGACAAAGAUGGCAAGUUAACGAGACAAAUUCCUUGUUUACUUACGACGCCAACGAGUCAGUUUUUACCUUCUCGAACACCUCAUUUGUGCCAAUGUUUGUCGACGAAAUAAAGUUCGCAAACAAAACUCUUGAGAAGCAGGCAUUGGCUGAAUGCAAUGGUGAUGUCAAUUGCUUAUUCGACGCAMCCUCCACAAAUGACGUUUCUGUGGGGCUGGACACCAAAGUAGUUGGUUCUCAGUUGGUUAACGAUUCUGCAAUACUUAGCAAUUCUCCCCCGAAAUUUCCAAAUUAUACAUCAGCAAUAUUGUUGACUAUCAAUGUUACCAAACAUCUUGAAAUCCCUGUUGAGGACACCGAUGGGGAUUCUGUUAGAUUCAACGUAACUGGAUUACCAAAUGGAGCUAUUGUBAAAACYAACAGUUCCACAGUUUCUGUUUCAUGGGAUGUUUCGAUGGAAAAGAGGGGAAAAACUUUUGCCAUUUAUUGCAACAGUGACUUCAAAGUGGACCUUUCUGAUCCAAAAAAAUGCAUCCCUAAGUUUCCGUGCAAAGAUGGAAGUCAUGGUUGCCAAGAUGUUUGCUUUGAGUCUAAUGACGUAGCUACAUGCGCAUGUCGUAUGGGAUAUCAGCUAAAGUCAGACAAAAAGUCAUGCGAAGAUGUCGAUGAAUGCAAUGAAGGAAAGGCCAGAUGUAACCAGCUUUGUUACAAUAAGGAAGGCGGCUAUAAUUGCGGCUGCAUUGGAGGAUUUCGUCUCAGUGCUGACAAUGUGACGUGUGUUGAUAUCGACGAAUGCAUCGAAUGGACCUUCAAUUGUUCAGCUUCGCUGCGAUGUGAAAACACCAUUGGGUCCUACAAUUGUAGAUGUCAGGAAGGCUUAUAUUUGAUUGACAACAGAUGCCGUGAACUGUCCACUGGAGAGAAGAAACCAACCCCUACACCUCCACCAAAGCCACCAAUACCAUCCAAAGACGAUCUUCGUAAUUCUGUCAACCUUACGAUCAAAGAACUGGACAUUUCUGAGUGGACUCUACAACUCGUUCUUGUGUUUAAAAAGGGUGUUGCGCGUGAAGCUACGGCAUUUUGCGCAAAGAAUAACAUUUGUCUUCUACCGAAAGGACGCAAAAGGUAAAACGAUCCGGAUUGAUUGCUUAGAGUAACACUUUUGUCAAUUUUU